CAUCCAGAAGGAAAACAUAUCAGCUGCUCAGUUUGUAAAAGAACUUUCAGUUACAGAAGGAAUUUGUCCAGACACAUGAAAAUCCACACAGGGGUCAAACCCUUCAGUUGUUCUGUCUGUGGUAAGACAUUUACCCAAAAGUCACAUCUGAGACGACAUAUGGAAAUCCACACAGGGGUCAAACCCUUCAGUUGUUCUGUCUGUGGUAAGACAUUUACCCAAAAGUCACAUCUGAGACGACAUAUGGAAAUCCACACAAGGAGGAAAGCCAUCAGUUGUUCGUUCUGUGCAAAAACAUUUGUCCAAAAGUCAGAUCUGAGACUACAUAUGGCAAUCCACACAGGGGAGAAACCCUUCAGUUGUUCUCUCUGUGGUAAAACAUUUGUCCAAAAGUCUUGUCUGAGACUACAUAUGGCAAUCCACACAGGGGAGAAACCCUUCAGUUGUUCUGUCUGUGGUAAAACAUUUGUCCAAAAGUCAGAUCUGAGACGACAUAUGGCAAUCCACACAGGGGAGAAACCCUUCAGUUGUUCUGUCUGUGGUAAAACAUUUGUCCAAAAGUCAGAUCUGAGACUACAUAUGGCAAUCCACACAGGGGAGAAACCCUUCAGUUGUUCUGUCUGUGGUAAAACAUUUGUCCAAAAGUCAGAUCUGAGACGACAUAUGGCAAUCCACACAGGGGAGAAACCCUUCAGUUGUUCUGUCUGUGGUAAAACAUUUGUCCAAAAGUCAGAUCUGAGACUACAUAUGGCAAUCCACACAGGGGAGAAACCCUUCAGUUGUUCUGUCUGUGGUAAAACAUUUGUCCAAAAGUCAGAUCUGAGACGACAUAUGGCAAUCCACACAGGGGAGAAACCCUUCAGUUGUUCUGUCUGUGGUAAAACAUUUGUCCAAAAGUCAGAUCUGAGACUACAUAUGGCAAUCCACACAGGGGAGAAACCCUUCAGUUGUUCUGUCUGUGGUAAAACAUUUGUCCAAAAGUCAGAUCUGAGACGACAUAUGGCAAUCCACACAGGGGAGAAACCCUUCAGUUGUUCUGUCUGUGGUAAAACAUUUGUCCAAAAGUCAGAUCUGAGACUACAUAUGGCAAUCCACACAGGGGAGAAACCCUUCAGUUGUUCUGUCUGUGGUAAAACAUUUGUCCAAAAGUCAGAUCUGAGACGACAUAUGGCAAUCCACACAGGGGAGAAACCCUUCAGUUGUUCUGUCUGUGGUAAAACAUUUUCACAAAAACCACAU